ACAGUGCCAGAUGUUGAAAGUGAGCCUGCACAAGUAUCCUUGGAAGGUGAAGACUCAUCACCAUGUCAGGCUGUGGAGCCCCACGAAGGGUAUCGCCAGUCAGCAAACGCAGGUUGUCAAGCUGGUGGUCGUGCAUUGGUUGAAGUACUUCCCAUAGUUGUCUUUGGAGAAACACGAAAACAACAAGUGAUCGCAUUGCGUGACUUGGGCUGUAACACAACACUAAUAGAUGAAAGUUUAGCUCUCUCACUUGGACUUCACGGCAAAGAGGUAGAUCUUGAAAUUCAAGGAGUAAAUGUGCGGAAGGUGUUUACUUCCCAGCACAUCAAGAAAUGCCAUGUGGCACAAGUCGGAAGAGAAGAAGUUCAGUAUUCCUUGCGAGAUGUGAAAACAAUCCCUGGCCUGAAUGGUCCGGAUCAGAAGUUGAAGUGGUCAACAAUCAAGCAAGAGUAUCAGCACCUGAAGGACUUGGACUUAUGUGACACCGACACAGGUCCAGUGCAGCUCAUAAUUGGAACUAACAACUCUGAUUUGAUUCUACCAAAACAAAUUGUUAAACCCUCUGGUCAACCAGAAAUUGACAGAUUGCCUUAUGCAGUUGAAACCCUACUUGGAUGGGCGGUGACUAACUGGUUACCUGGCGAGCGAGGAGUAGUUUCUCCAUACAAUGGGUUCAAGGUAUACGAAAGAAGUUCAGUUGAAGAUGAGGAGCUGAAGCAGCUGGUCGUGGCUCAGUCAGAGAUAGAAACGUUAGGUGUGGUGAAGCUAGCAGAUCCAACUUGUUCAAUUGAGGAUAAGCGAGCAUUGUCACUAAUGGAAAAGACAACCUUUAAGAAUGCAAAUGAAGAUGCAUACGAGUCAGGCCUACUUUGGAGGGAAGAGGAACCGUCUCUACCCAACAAUUACGAAAUGGCAAAGAAGAGGCUGCAAUCCCUAGAGAAGAAGUUUGAAAGCUGUCCUGAGGUCAGAGAGAGAUAUGCAAAAUCAAUCCAGGAUGACAUUGAGAAAGGCUAUGGGAAGAAACUGAGUGAAGAGGAAGUACAGUGCGAUAGUAAAGUGACUUGGUACUUACCACACAGAUUUGUCAUUAACCCCAAGAAACCUGAUCGUCUCAGGAGAGUUUACGAUGCAUCUGCAAAAUUUAUGGGACAAAGUUUGAACGAUAAGAUCUAUACAGGGCCAGAUCUUCUGUCCUCUCUGUUUGGAGUCUUCCUCAGGUUUUGCGAAGGAAGAAUUGCAUUGGCUGCUGAUGUGAAAGAAAUGUACCAUAUGCUUCGCCUCCCUGACCAUGACAAGCCGGCGAUGAGAUUCUUAUGGAGGGACUCUCUGAGAGAAGAACCGAGUGUGUAUCAGUUCGAGAGAACAGUGUUUGGAGAAGUGUCUGCACCAUCUAGAGCGAACUAUACUAUGAGGCGAAAUACUGAUGAGAAUGGCAGAGAUUUACCUCUGGGUGUGAAAGCAGUCUACAAGCACUUUUAUAUGGAUGAUGGCCUACCAUCAAACGUUUUGGCGACCAUCCUGGAGCAAGAUAGAUCUCCGAGAUUCCUCGAGCUGAGUGAAGACAAGUUGCCAACAGAGAGAACUUUGGGCGUCAUUUGGGAUGCCCAGGAGGAUAUGCUCCGGUUUACCGGACUUAAGGGUGAUCCAGGUACAACAAAGAGGAAGAUCUUGAGCCAAGCAUUCUCUGUUUGGGAUCCACGAGGACUCCUCCUCCCAUUCACUAUCAGAAGUAAGAUCAUCUUGCAGAAUCUGAAUCGUGUGAAGUACGGGUGGGAUGAUGAAUUGAAAGAAGUUGAUCUUCAAGAGUGGUGUGAAUGGCACAGGGAAGUUGAGAAGUUUGACAAAGUGAGAACUCCAAGAACUUUACUUCAAGAACAGAAACCUAUCCGAGAAACCGCAGUUCACGUAUUUUGUGACGCCAGUCAGGAUGCCUAUGGCGCAUGUGCGUACCUAAGACGUGCGUAUACAGAUGAUACAGUAGAGUGUGGUCUUAUUGCGGGAAAAGGCCAUGUUGCCCCUUUAAAGUUACAGUCUAUCUGCCGACUGGAGCUCAUGGGAGCUCUAGUAGCCGUGCGAUUAGCUCAAACACUGGUGAAAGAAAUGACCAUUAAGAUAGAGAAGAUAAUCUUCUGGAGUGACUUCACCACAGUCUUACAUUGGAUCCACCAGAUAAGUUCCACAUAUAAAGCAUUCAUCGGCAACCGGGUGUCUGAGAUUCACACAGUUAUGAGCAAUCUGGAGGUCACACUGGGGGCAGGCACAGUGAGUUGGAGAUAUGUACCUACAGAGGUAAAUCCUGCAGGUCACAUCUCCCGUGGACUAAGUCCUACAGAACUUUGCAGGGUUUUCGUUACAGUAGUGGACCCAAGUUCCUGCAUGAAUCAGCAGAACUGUGGCCAGACAAUAAAGUUGAAGCACCCUCCGAGAUAA